GCUUGCAGUCAGAAGAAGAACAAGAGGAAACAUUUGAGCGUACUUUCAUUCGGAACAAAAUAUUAAUAAUUAAACGGACUGUAACGGGAUCAAAGGAUAUAAGGAACUGCGCUGAACCGAGCCGCGAACAGCAGUAAAGUUCGUCACUUUAUGUGUUUAAAUAUUUCGUUCUCUACUAUGGUCAUUAUGGAAGUGUCCACCAUUGACUGCGCCUCGCUUCGGGAUCUGCUGGACGGAGACGAUCCGGGCUGUCUUAUUUUGGACUGUCGCUCUUUUUUCUCCUUCAACACGUCUCAUAUAUCGGGCUCCAGUAAUGUGCGCUUCAGUACGAUAGUGCGCCGGAGGGCCAGAGGGGGGCUGGGAUUGGAACACAUUGUGCCAAACGAGGACACGAGGAGCAGACUUUUGUCCGGGGAAUACCAGAGUGUCGUGUUCAUGGAUGACCGGAGUCCAGAUAUCAAAGAAGUGAAGAAAGAUGGGACUUUGACUCUUGCCGUGAACGCUUUGUGUCGCAAUCCGUGUGGAGCAAGCGUGUUCUUUCUUAAAGGUGGAUUUGACUCGUUUUCCUCCGAGUUUCCUGACAUGUGUACUAAGCCAGCUCCUCCACAAGACUUGAGUUUACCUCUGAGCUGUCAUCCCAACACUGCUGAGACCUCGUGUACGACCCCUCUGUAUGACCAGGGUGGCCCUGUAGAAAUCUUGCCCUUCCUGUAUUUAGGCAGCGCCUACCAUGCCUCCAGAAAAGACAUGCUGGACAUGAUGGGAAUCACGGCUCUUAUUAACGUCUCUUCCAACUGCCCCAACCACUUUGAAGACCACUUCCAGUACAAGAGUAUUCCUGUCGAGGACAACCACAAGGCCAAUAUCAGCUCCUGGUUCAACGAAGCCAUCGAAUUUAUCGAUUCGGUACGGAAUAAAGGUGGACGUGUCUUCGUUCACUGUCAAGCCGGGAUCUCGCGCUCCGCCACCAUCUGUUUGGCUUACUUGAUGCGCACGAACCGCGUGAGGCUCGAGGAGGCCUUCGAGUUUGUCAAACAGCGGCGCAGCAUCAUCUCGCCCAACUUCAGCUUCAUGGGGCAGCUCUUGCAGUUCGAAUCCCAGGUGCUGGCAUCGUCCACGUGCUCCUCGGAAGCCGGGAGCCCCGCCAUUGGCAAAGGCACCACAGUGUUCAACUUCCCAGUUUCCAUCCCUGUCCACUCAGCGGCUAGUCCUCUUUCCUUCCUGCAGAGUCCCAUCACUACCUCGCCGUCCUGCUGAGAUGAAGCUGUCAGUUUUAUUUAUGUGUGGACAAUAUGAUCCCCGGGGUGAUCUUUCCAGUAUUAGACUUUGGAACUUUUAGUUCCUUUGUUGCUAAAGUUAUUCCACACUUGCUCGCUAUGUUGGAGCACCAGCUCCAGUAGACAUUUUUAACAUGUGACGUUUUAACCCAGUGGUCCGUACUUGACUAAACCGAAGACUCGGGUGGGGGGGUUCAUUUCAAAGUGACUGAGUCUGUGAACGAGUCUUUAUGUUUGUGUGUUUUUAUUCUUAUUUUUUAAUGUUUGUGAGCGUCUGACCUUGUUAAAGUUGAUAAUCAGAAGUUAUUUGUUUUUAUUUGCUAGAAUUGAAAGAAUGUCUUUCAGGUUACUCGGGGAUUGUUUUGUUUUAAACGUUGAUGUCAUUAGACUUACAGGUGCUAAUCUUGACGAAUAUUCCUGGUUUCUUUUAUCUGUUUGAACAAUGAAUGUAGUGAACACAAGUCUGUGUUAGCUCUGCCUUAAGACAGUUGAAGUUUAAAUGAUCAUUCUCGAGCCUUUCACAAAGCAAUCCAUUUCAUCAAGACGUUUGUUCUUCUGUAAACAAACGAGGAAUACCUCAUGUGUCUGUACUGUUGUCAGUCCACUAAGAGUCCUCCCACAAGCACUACUAACAGGAGAGGCUUUUAUGGGAUUGUUUUUGAUAUGUGACUAUUUAUUGACUAAAGUAAUAUAUUUCUUAUGCUAUAUUUUUUCAUAUGUUUGUGAUACCUGAUGCCGACAAAUAAACUUCUUUUCAUACAUAA